GGAGGAGGAGGAAGAAGAGGAGGAGGAGGAGGGCGCUGACUUCUCCUCGAGGCUCCCCGCAGCCCCAGCCGCUUGACGCGUGGAGGAGGCGGCGGCUGCAAAAGCAGCAGGAGCUGCAGUUGCAGCAAUCGCAGCAGCAGCAGCAAUUGCAACAGCAGUUGCAGCAGCAGCAGCAAUUGCAACCUCCGCAGCGGCAAUUGCAGCAGCAACGGCCGGGCCGCGGUCCCUCCCCCCCGCGCCAACCCUGCCCGUUGCGGCCGGCCGAGGGCUGCUGCGGGGCCGUUGCGGCCGGAGGCGCGCCCGCCCCCCCGCCAUGUCCCCGGGGAAGCCCGGAGCGGGGGAGACGCCUCCGAGGAGGAGGAGGCGGCGGGGGAGGCGGAGGAGGAGGAGGAGGAGGCCCCAGCCGGGACCGGCGACGACGAAGGCGGCGGCGGGUGGAGCCGGGCCCCGGCUUGCGGGCCUCCCGGGAAGGCUGGGCGGCAUGAAGCUCGGCUCCCUGCUGGGGCUGCUCUUGCUGCUGCAUUCCGGACAGAUGAGAUGUGCAGGUGUCUACUCUCCAGAGUGCAGUCCAAUGGCGUUAACGUCAACAACUACGGAAAUUCAUAUCAGUGAUCUGCCACUGAACUUUUCAGCGACCAAUGUAACAGACCUAAAUGGAGAGCAGUUCGGGAAUAGGUUAGAGGGUGAUUUCCAGAAUAUUACAGUUCUGGGCCUUAGACCUGGAGCGAUGUAUCUGAUUCAGUUUGAGAACGGCACAGAUACUUGCUGGCAGAAGUAUUCAACAAAACCUAGUCGUGUGUUUGGGAUUGAAGUCACAUGUGUGGAGGAAACAGAAGUGUCUCUCAUCUGGAAAAACAACGACACGGCUGCAUCUACGUAUAACUACAUAGUGAAGGUUCUAGAAGCCAUCCGUUUUAAAGGCAACCAGACUUUCAAUGCCACAAUCAGAGAUCUGAAACCUGGGACCUUUUAUACAAUCAGAAUCAUUCCAGAAACAAAUGAUGGGAUACAAGGAAGCCCGGUAGCCAUAGAUGUCACCACAAAACCGAGUCCAGUUUUCGAUGUCCAUCAUAUGAACGUCGGUCCAACGGAGGUCAGUGUGGUCUGGCGGAACAGUGACUCCGCUGUAUCUAUGUACCAGUAUCGGAUGUUCAUUGAAGAGAAUGGAAUUGCCAACCAGACUUCCCCAAAUAUGCAGAUUAACAUCACAGACCUGAAACACGGCUUCCAGUGCUGGGCCAUAAUUGUUCCUCUAGAAGGAAAUGAGGCUAACGAGAACAUAGGCCCCAGUACAGUGACCAAUUCAACAGAUGUCAAUGUAACUUGCCAAAAGGAUGUGUCCACAAGUGUGACCCCCGAAGGUGACCAGGCACCCCAACUGACCCGAGUUAACGUGGUGGGAUUGAAACCCAGUACCCAAUACACAGCCACAAUUUUUUCCCAAGAGGCUAAUGGGACCGAAGGAAACCCUGUAACUACGGAAAUCUGGACAAACAUGAGUCAAAUUAUCCAUGUCCAGACUGUGAAUGUCACUGCGUCAGAAGUGAGCCUUACCUGGGAAAACAAAGAUAACUCUUCAUCUGCCUACUCCUACAGAAUCCUUGUUGAGUUCGGUAACGAAACUUCAUUUAAUGCGUCGUACAACUUGAGAAGAGCUGUCAUCACUGGACUGAAUUCUAGCACCUUGUAUAAGUUCACUGUGUAUCCACAAAGGCAGGGUUUUCCAGAAGGCCUGCCAAACUGUACAGAAGCUUAUACAGCUCCCCAGCCAGUUUCUGACUUUCAAGUGACAAACAUCAGCACAACAGAAAUUGGAUUAGCUUGGACGAGCAGUGAUUCUACAUCUUUUAGAAUACUUAUUACAGAGCACAUAUCGUCUCCUAGGAAUGAAACAUUUAAAACAGAAAGUGUUGUGAUUAGAGAAUUAGAACCUGGUACCACUUACACCUUUGAACUCUUUCCACAAAUAGGUACAACCGAAGGAGCCUCUAAAAGAAUACGCACCACUACCAAACCCAGUGCGGUGUUUGAUAUCCAAGUUGUAGGAGUGAAUACGACUACAAUAGAAUUAGAAUGGAAAAACAAUGACACUGCUUCUGACACCUACCUUUAUCACUUAUUGGUGAAUGGAGAUGGAUUUUGGAACCUAACAUCCCUUUUCAAAAAUGCUAGCCUCACCGGGCUAAGCCCUGGUACACCCUAUAACAUCACAAUCUUUCCCGAAGUGAAAAAUCAGACAGAAGGGAGAUCAAACUCAACCGUUGUAUAUACAAGACCUAGCAAGGUGUUUGGCAUUGAAGUUUUGAACGUUGCCACGACAGAGAUGACCUUAAGAUGGCAAAACCAAGAUAACGCUUCUGCUGCAUAUACCUAUCGCAUAUGUAUUGAAAAUAACGAAACUGCCAGAAACGAAACAUCUAAUGUUCCGAGUGUUAACAUCACAGGAUUAAGCCCCGGUACAUCUUACACGUUCAGAGUAGUUCCACAAGCAGGGGAUCACUUUACUGAGGGAGAGCCAGUCACCACCACAUCAAAAUGUACAGUCGCUGCACCUUUGCCUUCAUUUUGGUGUGAACCUGUGCCCAAACAGCCUGCCCUAAUUCUGAAGUGGAAUUGCCCUCCUGGUACAAAUACCGGUUUCAAAAUGGAAGUGAUCCAUGGGGAUUGGAGGAAUGAGACCCAUCUUCCAGCCUGUCACUCCCCAAGUGUGACAAAUGUGACCCUUUUAAAUUAUGCCACUUUGUACAAUAUCAGUGUAACAACCCAGUCCUGUGGAAACGAGAGUAUUCCAAGAGAAGAAAGCUGUCUUACGGAUAUCACGGAUCCUCCUGAACCAGUUGAACCACCAAAUGUUAUUUCUGUCAGUCACAAUUCACUGAAAGUUAAGUUCAGUGGGUUUAAGGCUACGAAUGGACCAAUUAAAGCAUAUGCAGUAAUCCUCACAACAGGGGAAGGUAACCCUCACAAGAAUGUCCUGAACUACUCAUAUGAGGACUUCAAGAAAAAGGAAUCCAAUACUUAUGUGACUUACUUUAUAGAAAUUGAAGGAAACAGAGCCUCAGUUUUGUCCGAUGACUUGAAAUAUGAAGUUGAAGUGGGAAAUGAAUCCACCACAGGAGGCUAUUUCAAUGGGAGAUUGGAACCUCUUAGCUCAUACCGCACUAGUAUUGCAGGUUUUACCAAAUUUAACUUCAGCAAACAAGGACGCAUUGAGGAAGAGGAAAGCUAUGUGUCAUUCACACCAUUUUCAAAUGCAGUUUCACUACCGCAAGAUCCAGGUGUUAUCUGUGGAGCUGUAUUUGGGUGCAUAUUUGGUGCCCUUGUAGUAGUGGCUGUGGGAGGCUUUAUCUUCUGGAGAAGGAAAAGGAAAUAUGCAAAAAACAAUGAAGUGUCCUUUUCUCAAAUAAAACCAAAAAAAUCAAAGUUAAUUAAAGUGGAAAAUUUUGAAUCCUACUUCAAGAAACAGCAGGCUGACUCCAACUGUGGAUUUGCAGAAGAGUAUGAAGAUCUAAAGCUCGUUGGAGUUAAUCAACCCAAAUAUGCAGCGGAAAUGACUGAGAAUAGGGGAAAAAACAGAUAUAAUAAUGUUCUACCAUAUGAUAUUUCUCGGGUUAAGCUUUCCAUUCAAAACCAUAUGACAGAUGACUAUAUUAAUGCAAACUACAUGCCCGGAUACCACUCGAAGAAGGAUUUUAUUGCCACCCAAGGACCCUUACCUAACACAUUAGAUGAUUUCUGGCGUAUGGUCUGGGAGAAAAAUAUAUACUCCAUCGUUAUGUUAACCAAAUGUGUUGAACAGGGCAGGACAAAAUGUGAGGAGUACUGGCCUUCCAAACAGGCCCAGCACUAUGGAGAAAUAACUGUGGCAAUGACAUCUGAAAUUGUUCUUCCAGAGUGGACAAUAAGGGAUUUCACAGUGAAAAAUAGCAAGACGAAUGAAGGACACCCUCUGCGGCAGUUUCAUUUCACUUCCUGGCCAGAUCAUGGAGUUCCAGAAACAACAGACCUUCUGAUCAACUUUAGAUAUCUUGUUCAUGACUUCAAGAAGCAAAAUCCUCCCGAGUGCCCAGUUCUGGUGCACUGCAGUGCUGGAGUUGGAAGGACAGGAACUUUUAUUGCCAUUGAUCGACUUAUCUAUCAGAUGGAGAAUGAGAACAACGUUGAUGUAUAUGGGAUAGUGUAUGACCUUCGCAUGCAUCGACCUUUAAUGGUGCAAACAGAGGACCAGUAUGUCUUCCUCAAUCAGUGUGUGUGGGAUAUUAUCAAAUCCCAGAAAGACUCCAAGACUGAUCUUAUCUACCAAAACACAACUGCCAUGACAAUCUAUGAAAACCUUACCCCCGUGACAACUUUUGGGAAGACAAAUGGUUUCAUUGCUUAAUUCCAAAGGACGACCUCUCCGGGAACUCUCCAGGCUGUCCUGCCCACAGGAAAGGGAAAUGCACUGUGGAUAUUUUUUUACAUGUACGGUGUCUUCAUUUUUUUUGUUCUGUUUCGUUAUGGCUAAUUUUGAAGGCUUAAAGGUGUACACCUAAAAUUGCAAACGGAAAGUCAGACAUUAAGGACGCGUAAUAAGGUAGUUUCUGAUUAACAGUAGGAGGAGAUUGCCCUUUCUGUGAGAAUUUCAGAUAAGCCAGAAAAGGUAAACUCUGUUCUUUUUUUUCUAAAUGACACAGGCUCUUUUUUUACUGUUUUAUAAAGUCCACAUACUGAAGCCAGGGUCAUGUUAGGGUGAAUAUAUUUUAAGUAUAACGAAGUCUAUUUUUACCUACUGUAUCUUAAAAUCUAGCUGAUGGAACAUAUGCAUAAUUGUGGUUGUUAAUAGCACCGGGUGUAGGUACAUGGUACCUCCUCCGAGUGGAUUUUAUAUUUGAACAUGUGCCUUUCCUAAUUAUGCUUCCAUAGGCAAAAAUCGGUAGAGAUAUAAAUAUAUAUUUUUGUACGGAAUCUUCUAAUUGGGAUAUACAGUAUAUUUAAAGACUUAGCUUAGCAUAAAGACUUAGCCUUCUUAGUAACAUUCCGGUUCCCUUUGUUGAGGAGGCUAUCCUCUCUCCCUCCUUCCCAUUUAUUGUGUCACAACCCUUUCUGCUCCCCUGAUUUCUGGCAAGUCUUCAUCUCUUCCAGCUGGCAAGUUGGGAUGGAGUGGACUGCAGAUCUCACUUUGAGCUUUGGUGAGAAGAAGGGGAAGAGCUAUCCCCGUAGUGACAUGAUCUUCCUUCCACGCUCCCUACCCUUUCUGAUAUUUCUGUGUAUUGUAAGAAGGAUUAUUUAAAGGUGCAAUAUGUGAUUUAGUGAUUAAUGAAUGCUCUAUGUUUUUUAGUAGAGUUUUUACUCAGGUUGGCAUUUUGUGUGUGUGUGUCUGUUGUCCCUGCAUAUGUGUGUGUAUGUAUGUGUCCUUUAUUUUAUUUUAUUUUAUUUUUUUUUUUGCAAAUGGGCAUGUGGUUCUGUGAAAACUUCAGUGUAAGCGUCGGAGUGUCCAACUGACCCCAUGAGGGUCAACUGGCUUUUUAGUCUCUUACCGAACUUGACACAUACAGGUAUCUACUGUAUAUACCAAACCCCUUAGUCAUACUUGUGCGUCCGACUGAAGGUGUAAAAAAUGUUGUAAUUUGUAUCAAAGAUGUAAUUAUUUUUAAAAAGUCUUAUUCCGUGUAUUGCUGCUGUAUUUACUUUGACCUGUUUUUAAGUCGACAGUUUUUUGUUUUAUUUUGUUUUGCUUUAGGUGUAUAUUUCCCAAGGAUUCAACAACUAGUGUGGGUUCUAUUUUAUUGGUACACAAAAUUGGAAACGUCUUAAGGCAUUAGAAUGGAAGGCUUUACUCGUAACCUUCUCUGGUUAAGGUCCGGGUUGUUUUGUGAAGAUGUUUGAGUUUAUACUUGUGAGUAGACAUGAAGUAUUUAAGGUCUUAUGAAGGCAAGGCGAAAGCUACAGUUCUGUAGCUGUUCUCCUUAAUGAGCCUAACCCGAUCUGCUAUAAGCUUUAGACAUAUGUGUCCCAUGGAAAGUGGGGUACAGUCCCAAAGUCCUCCCAUGCCCAUCGAGCUCAGGGAGCCUGCCUCCUGAUAACUGCCACAUCCUUCCCCUCAAACUGGCAUUCUUGGAUCCCAAGCUGGAGAGUGAAACUAGUAGUUCUGGCAGACAGGAGGAAUCGUGGUGGGGGGCAACCCUGAGUAAGUCUCAAGGGUGGACUUUUUUUUUCCUUAAAGGUACAGAAAGGGUUAAAAUGCAAAGGAAGAGAUGAUGUUUUGGUGUUGGGGGAAUACCCGCCUCUCCCACCCCCAAAUGGAAUUUGCACUUUGUUGAAUUUGCCACUCUCCCAAGGCAGGCUGUUUCCUGCCAGAUCCGAGUGGACCUGGAGGCGUGAUAAACCGGCUGGCACGUGAGCUCCGCUCACCGUCCCUGCUCCUUCUUCCGGUGCCCGACGGGAGAUCGACCCCACUGCAGCCUGUCAAGAGCCGAGGGAAGAGCUUCCCCUCCGCGGUGCGGAAGUUGGGGGAACUUUCUGUCCCCAUCUCCCCAGAUGUGACUGGGGCCUGAGCAAAUUCAGGAUGGGAUGUGUGGGUAAAGCCCAUUUGUUCACAGGCUGUCGUAGAUCCUUGAGAAGUCAAAGAGAUUCCCGUUGGUUUCAUCUAGGGGAGGGGAUGGAAUUCAUCAUUUCAGGCGAACACUCUCUAGCCCUGUGGUAAAGGACUUGGCUUCCGGUCCCCAAUACUUAUCGAGACCGUCCCGGUCCUUUAUCCAGCCUUGCUUCCAGCAAAUCCCUUCUUUUGUUGGAAGUGCAGACUCCAGCUCCAAAACCAGGGAGGCCUCUCUGGAGGGGAAUGAGAGGAAAAGCCAUGUCCCUUCAAGUCUUUCAGAAAAAUUUAAACACAUUGUUCUCAGAACUCCUCCCUUCCUCCUGGUAAAGGCUUGGGAAACAGUGGCGGGCAGCGAAGAAUCAGUUUCUGACGUCAUUUCUGACACGCAUCAGAACGCGUUAGGUGGCUGAUCCUAUAAUUACUCUAGAGAGGUGUCGAAGGGUCACGGAGACUUUUAUCUACAUCCUCCAAGGCCUCAUGUCCUACAGGAGUGAAUUUUAACUCAGUUGCAGACGAGGGAUGAGAAUUUAAAUUUAUUAACAAAAAUGAUAUGGGACUUCGUGGGCAAGGAGCCUGGACUUCUCUUUACUAACGAUUCGCGUGAGUUUACAAAAUCUGCUGUCAGGGAAAUGGUUGUCCUUGAAAGGAUUUGAGCAACGUAAUCAGCAAAGCCGUUUUAUUAUUUUAGGUCACUCGUGCCUGGAAUUUAGAGGGCAAAAUGGUAGCCUCAAACCUGCAGCCGCUCGGCUGAGGCAGACGGGUCCGGGGGACGGACUCUUUUCCCUAAGGAACCGGGCGUGGAUGGGCUCUGGCACGAAAUGAGGUUUCCGUCCUCCUGGCUCCAUGCCGAUAGUUUGGUGCGCUCUAUCUCCAGGCUGUCGGUGAGAUUCUAACACCGGCCACCGGGCUCAGAGCCUUUACUGAGGCUCGGUCAGAGACUUCAGUCUGUCUUGUGUGCAGCUGGUGAGAUGUGUUUCCACAUAGGACAAAAAAAAAAAAAAAGAAAAAAGACUUCUAUUUUAAAAAGCUUUGCUGUGCUUUAGUCUGUUCAUUCGUCAGUCUUGGUUACUGAUGUUGAUUGCCUCGAAGAUCCAAGUUCUGAGUUGUCCAAACUACUGUGUAGCAGUUGUGUGUUUAACAUACUGUAGACUUUUUAUCAUUGGGGGCCCACCAGAAGCCGAGGCAUUAAUACGUACUCAAAAGACUGUAAUUACUUGUAACUAUUUUGAGAUGCACAUUUUUUAUGUUUGUUACAACUGUACAGAGCAUUGUAGUUGGCCUUUUAAAAAAAAGUGUCCUGAUUCAUUGUUUUUAAAGAUUUACAAAUACCAAAUAUAAAAAAGUGUCAAAUUUGA